GGCACUGCAGUCGCCAUAGAGACCGCGCCGCACGCCAUGGGGCGGAGGCUGGGCCGGGGGCCGCCGCUCUAGCCCCCCCGCACCGCACCGCACCGCACAGCACCGCGCCGCGCCGCGGCGGCCGGGGGCUCCGCAGGGACUUGCCGUGCUGCGAGGAGCCGCCGCCGCCGCCUCGGAGCCGUUCCAGUCACUGGUUAAAUGGAAGCCACUCCUGGAAUCUGGGUGGUUUCUACUGACUUAGACUUUGCAUAGCAGCUCCAUUGCAUCAGGAGGUUGCAAUGAGUGGAGGAGGGGAGCAGCCUGACAUCCUCAGUGUGGGAAUCUUGGUCAAAGAAAGAUGGAAGGUGUUGAGGAAAAUAGGAGGCGGGGGAUUUGGAGAAAUUUACGAUGCACUGGACUUGCUUACUCGGGAAAAUGUUGCACUGAAGGUCGAAUCAGCUCAGCAGCCAAAACAAGUGCUGAAAAUGGAAGUAGCUGUGCUGAAGAAGCUGCAAGGAAAAGAUCAUAUCUGUAGAUUCAUUGGAUGUGGAAGGAAUGACAGAUUCAACUAUGUUGUCAUGCAGUUGCAGGGUCGGAACUUGGCAGAUCUGCGUCGGAGCCAGUCUCGAGGAACGUUCACCAUUAGCACCACUCUGCGACUUGGGAAGCAGAUUUUGGAAUCUAUUGAAAGUAUUCAUUCUGUGGGAUUCCUGCACAGGGACAUAAAACCAUCUAACUUCGCAAUGGGACGUUUUCCUAGCACCUGUAGGAAGUGUUAUAUGCUGGAUUUUGGCUUGGCACGGCAAUUUACCAACUCAUGUGGGGAUGUCAGACCACCACGAGCUGUCGCUGGUUUUCGAGGAACAGUACGAUAUGCAUCUAUCAAUGCUCACAGAAACAGGGAAAUGGGUCGGCAUGAUGACCUCUGGUCCCUGUUCUACAUGUUGGUAGAAUUUGUGGUUGGGCAACUGCCUUGGAGAAAAAUAAAAGAUAAGGAGCAAGUGGGCUCCAUUAAAGAAAGGUAUGAGCACAGACUUAUGUUGAAACAUCUUCCUCAAGAAUUCAACAUCUUUUUGGAUCACAUUUCUAACUUAGAUUACUUUACAAAACCUGAUUACCAGCUUCUCAUGUCUGUGUUUGACAACAGCAUGAAAAUGUUUGGGGUUAUUGAAAGUGACCCUUUUGAUUGGGAGAAGAGUGGAACAGACGGCUCUCUGACAACAACAACAACUUCAACCACACCUCAGUUACACACUCGUCUUACUCCAGCUGCCAUUGGAAUUGCCAAUGCCACUCCUAUCCCAGGAGAUUUGCUGCGAGAAAACACAGAUGAAGUGUUCCCUGAUGAGCAGCUCAGUGAUGGAGAGAAUGGUAUUCCUGUUGGUGUCUCACCAGAGAAAUUACCUGGAUCCCCUGGGCAUCAGUGUCCUCAGGAAAAAGACGUUUGGGAGGAAAUGGAUGCAAACAGAAACAAAAUAAAACUAGGGAUCUGUAAGGCUGCUACAGAGGAAGAAAACAGCCAUGGGCCAGUGAAUGGAGUGCUUAAUGCACCGAGUCUUGGUUCUCCGAUUCGUGUUCGCUCAGAGACCACCCAGCUGGACAGAGAUGCCCCACUAGUGCGAAAGCUACGUUCAAUUCACAGCUUUGAACUGGAGAAGCAUCUGACGUUGGAGUCAAAACCAGACACUGAUAAAUUUCUUGAGACCUGUUUGGAGAAGAUGCAGAAAGACUUGAAGGCUGCAGCAGAGCCUCCUGUUGCUGCUGUUCCUCCUCUUUCUCAGAAAAAAAACAUUUCUGCCCCUGGAACUGCCCGCAAGGACCAUGUUUGGCACUAUGAUGAAGAAUAUCUUCCAGAUGCUUCAAAGCCAGUGUCAGCCAGUUCUCCAGAACAUGCUGAUGGUGUUAUUAGCAAUGGAUUUGUAGCUGUCAACUUAAGCUCCUGCAGGCAGGAGGUUGAUUCUAAGGAAUGGGUAAUAAUAGAUAAGGAACGGGACUUGCAGGACUUCAGGACAAAUGAGGCUUUAGGGCACAAAACUACUGGAAGUCCUUCAGAUGAAGAGCCAGAGGUACUACAAGUUCUGGAGGAUUCUCCUGCAGAAGAGCAGCCCAAACAGGGUGGUUGGACAGGAAACAGGGCCCAUGCCAAGAACCAAACCUCAGGGGUGGACUUUGUUCUAGCCACGGAGUGUCAUCCUGCUGCUUCUGAACAGCUUACUGAAAAAUUGGACCUUCUGUCUGGGGCUGCUGGACAGCUUUUUGCAGCUACUCCUACAAGUCCUAUGGAGGCUCAGGCAGAAGGAGCACUCACUCUGCUCAACUCAUCCCAUAUGCUGCAUUUCUCCACUCCAAGAAUUUCAAGUCCCAUCCUCCGCACCAUGAGCCCCAUAGCCUUUCUAUCCAUCCACUCGGACCCUCUGAAAGAGGCUGGUUUGCCAAGGAGUCAAUCAGCUGAGAGCCACUCCUCUUCCUCCCGCUCAACUGGCCGUAGGCAGCUUCCUGUCAUUCCCUGUGGCAACAGGCUCCCCCCUGUCAUUCGCAUCUCAAAAGCACAACUUCAGCAGAUAACUAUACCUAGACCUUCAGUGGCAUCCACUCAGUCUGCUUCAGAGAGCUUUCAUUAUGGCCACCAGCUAGAGAAGAGAGAGCAGGAUGGUCCAUCUAUGGAACACACCGUGGAACUUUCCUCUCCAAAGGAAAGUUUGCCAGGUUUGGCUGUGACAGAAGAUGCACUUCCAGCUAGUGCCAGCAGACCAGAUUUGGUACUUAAUAUCAGCCAAGAGGUGCUUGACAAGGAAGGACUUGUUGAAGAACGUGUCAACAUCCUGGACUGCAGCCAAAAGGAGCUGCCUGAGCAGCAUACCGGAAUACAGGAAGAGAAAGGACUUGAAAAUAUUUCUGUAGAGGAAGCUGAGGAAGAAAAGCUUCCAGUGGUUUCUGAGGAUGCCGUUGAAGUGCUAAGCAAAGAACAGAAUUCUUCUUUGCCAGGAAACUCAAAAUCUGCAGAGGAAGAGCCUCUAACAAAUACUGAAGGUGCUGAAGAGUCAAAGCCAAGGCCCGUCUGUUUGGUGCCAAACCAAGAUGAGGUUCUGAAGUUGAUAGCACCUAAAACAUCAGAAUUUUCUCCCUCAAGACUUACCAAACCACAUGUUAACAGACAGGCAAGCAAAACAGCACUAGUUCAGGAAAAUGGUUUUCAUUCUAAUAAGGAAGACGUCCACAUCCAAGACUUGAAAUGCCACCAAGUGGCCCUUUCUUCUUUUUUGCACGAGGAGGACAAAAAAGAGAAAAAUGCUCCCAAAAAUGGAGAGUUAUUCCACUGCAUUUCAGAAAAUGAGAAUUCUCACCGAUCUAAGAAGGACUUAGUUAAAUCUCCUUUUGUAUUCAGGCAGAGCCGAAUCCCAGUUCUAGCACAAGAGAUAGACUCAACAUCAGAGUCCUCUUCGCCUGUUUCAGCAAAGGAAAAGCUUCUUCUAAAAAAGGCCCAUCAGACAGACUUGGUCAAACUACUUAUGGAAAAGAGACAGGUCAAAUCUUUCCUCGGUGACCUCUCAAGUGCCUCCGAUAAGUCACUGGAGGAAAAAAUAUCUGCUGCUCCUGUACAGUUUUCUGAGGAUGAUGUCUUAUCCUCGUUUUCUAGAUUGACACUGGAUUCUCAUUUCAGCAAACAGACAGAAGAGGGCUCUUUAUCUCCAAACGGUCCUCAGUCCAGAAAAAGCAAGAUUCCAAGGCCAGUGUCCUGGGCAACCACUGAUCAAGUCACCAGUUCAAAUUCAACUCAGUUCUUUCCUCGGCCACCACCAGGAAGACCGCCCACUAGACAUGGACUAGAAGCUAGGUUACGCAGAUACAGAGUCCUAGGGAGUAGCAGCUCGGACUCAGAUCUUAUCUCUCGUCUGGCUCAAAUCCUACAGAAUGGAUCUCAAAGACCAAGGAGUUCUACCCAGUGUAAGAGUCCAGGAUCUCCACAUAGUCCAAAAACACCACCCAAAAGCCCUGUCACCCCCCGACGCAGUCCCAGUGCCUCCCCUAGGAGCUCUUCAUUACCCCGUACUGCCAGUUCUUCUCCUUCCCGGGCUGGGAGACCUUAUCACGAUCAGAGAAGUUCAUCAUCCCCACAUCUUGGGAGGAGUAAAUCACCUCCUAGCCACUCAGGCUCCUCAUCUUCUAGGAGAUCCUGCCAACAAGAGCACUGCUGCAACAAACCAAGCAAGAAUGGUCUGAAAGGAUCUGGCAGUUCCUUCCACCAUUCCCCAAACACUAAGACUCCCACAGGAAAGAGCAAGUCAACCACUAAGCUUAGCAGAUAGGAACUGGGCCUUGACAGGUAUAAAGCCUCCUCCCAAAUCUGAUGCAUGUUGUGUCUGUGUACUGUGUAUUUAAAAAAAUAAUCAAAAAAAUAUAUUAAAAAAUUGUGUUGAAUCUGCGCUUUUUAAAGAAAGUAAGCAUCACCAACUAUUCAUGAGAAAGCAUACUGUGUAAAUAAGUGGCCUAGGAGCAGGCAGCAAGCAGAUCUACAAGAGGGGAAGUAGAGGCCAAGAUAAGAAUGACUAGGUAGUCAAAGAGGUGCAAUGUAUUUAGAGAAAAAAAAUCUGUGUGUUUUGAAAGGGUAAUUAUUUCUUUGGUUUUAGUUGAUCUAGCUAGAAGAUUUGGCCUAAUUAUUAAAGGCCUUACAUACCCAAGGAGUCUGUAAGAAGACCUGAAGUGGUUAUUCCAAAAAUGACAUCACCACUUGGGAGAAAAGUACUGCUCAAGCAUGUCUUUGCAGUUUGAAAAAAGCACACAGCUUAGAAGAUGAUGGUACUUCAACCUUACAAGUCUCUUCCAUUUUGAGCUGCACACAUCUCGAGUCACACAGUACUCAUCUUGUCCCCUGUCUACCAUGACACAGAUUCUUUUUUUACCUAAGGAAGUGAUCAUGAACCUGGUCCCUUCUUGGUACUGAUGACAUUUUACAAAUUACUAUAGACAUUUUCCAAGAUGUUUUUCUAGCUAUAUUCUUUAGAAAUACCUUGUUUAGUACAAAUUAGGAUCCAAGAAGCUAAUUCUCAGUUCUAUAUCAUACACUUAUUUGGGAAUUGUGGUGGGUUUCUUCAAACUAUGCUCAAUAGAAUUUGGAAGAGCAUUCCUGUCUAGAAAAUGAGAGAAAGGAGAAGAUAUCUGCACUUCACAGAAUGUUGCAGAUUUACAAUGAAUUGCAAUGUAAGUUAGGAAAUAAGUUGGAAAACAUGAGUACCUUUUUUCCCUUAACUCAGCUGCAAGAAGAACCCUUGUUCUUGCUGGCUUUUGUUUCUCCAUUGGUUACAGGUCACUUAAACCACUGAUCAUACCAUGCAGAGAUGAUUAGCAAUCACAGUUUGCUUUUUUGGUAAUUUAUUUUCUAAAAACAUGAAAGAUGAAACAAAUGAGGAGAUUGUCUGCUUCGUGAACUUGGUAGGUUGUAAGUGGCAGAAAUAUUCUUAACACCCUUACAAAAUCUGGAUAAAUAUAUUAGUCAUCAAAGCAAAACAUACAGAAAGCAAUCUGAAGUAUUUUUUAUGUUUGAUUCUUGUCAUUCUUUUGCCCAAAUGGAUUUUUUGAUAGUCAAGCUUCAUUGUGUCAGUAAAGUCCACGAUGUCUGAUUCCUCCAGUUUUGGCAGUUACUUAGUUACCUCUUGUGCUCUACAGGGUCUCUGUGGGGAACAUAACGGUACAGCACCUUUGCCAUAUUCAGAAGAGAAUAGUGGGUCAGACUAGUAACACAAGAACACAAGCCUGAGAAAGAUGCAGCCAGCUCUCCCUAAUUAUUCCUGCUGUGGGGACACUGGAUGCAUAAGAGACUUGCCAGUUACUGAUCUGCUUGCUGUAGUCAUAUGCCUCUCCAGCCAGCAUCUGUGCUUUUUUUAACCUCUGCCAAAUGAAUACCUUUGGAUUAAAAAGGGAAUAUUUUGUCUCUGAGCUAAUACAUUCUAAUGCUGCAUUAAAGCUGCUCUGGAGCUGCACUGAAUUUCACUUGCUUCGUCUGACUGUGUUGAUUUUUUUAAUUUUAUUUUUUUCUUACUAUGAAUAUGUAUAUUGUUUCCCAUAUGAAAUGUAGCACAGUAUGGAACCUUAAUCUCAUUCAGGUUUCAAGCACUACAGAUGAAUGCAAUAGGUAGGGUAUACCUGCUUCUUCUGAAGAAACUGUACCAUUCGAAAGUCCUAUUCCUUUGUAUUAUAUUGUAUAAUAGGUGCUAUACUGAUAAUUGCAUGUCCUCAUGGUAAAUUAUAUAAUAUAAAUAUUUAUAUAUACAUAUAUGUAUAUGCUUAUAUAAACUCAUUCUUUCUCACUUUUCAUUUGUAAUUUAUGGACCACAAAUAAUACUCUUCCCUUUCUGUUGAUUCCUGAAUCCUUUUGGCAUUACAUCCUCUAUUUCGCCCCCAAAAUUUCUGGAAUGCACGAAUUCUAAUAGCCUUUAUACCUUGGUACAAGAUUGAAGGACUGCUGAUUUCUCAACCAGCCAAUGUUUUGUCUUACAGCUUGCUUUUUUCCUUUAUAAUUUUGUGUGUGCAUUUGCAUAUGGAACAAGAGCAGAGUCUCAAAGGUAUUUUUAUUUUUUAUUACACAUAGGGCUUGUGGUUAAUAAUUUUUAUUUAAUAAUGUGAGUUCUCCGUUGUUACAAAUACUCAUCAUAUAGGAGCAGUGACAGUCAAUGAAUACCUAACAGAUGAAUGUGACGACAACAACGAAUUCCAUCUUUUCCUUCCUGUUUUCCUCAUGGUUCCUUAUGGUAUACCGUAAAGAUAGUUUAGUCCUAGUGUGGUAUUUUUGCCCUGGGCACUGCUGGAAUUAUUUGUGAAGGUGGUGUAGCAGGCUAUGAUUAUUUUUCUUCCCCUCUCCCUUAUUUCUGAAAAGCAUUUAUUAUGGUCCUGUAAGCUUAUUCCUGCAUCAACAUGGUCAGUUUUAAUAGGUAUUGACUUCAUGCAUCCUUGCUUGAAAUGCUGAAGUUGUGUUAUAUUUUCUCUCCAGUGUAGCAGGAUGUAGAAACAGGUAAUUGCUUUACAGGUGAGAAAGAAUGUAACACAUAAGGAUUUUUUAUGCUGUCUUCAAAGUACAGAGUUGUCCAUUGUUACACAUUACCAUGUAAAAUAAAUCAAUGCUGUAGAAAUUAACUUGCACUUGAAAAACUCGCCAAUGUAAAAAUAGUAAACUAUGCCAAAAGGGAGAAAGAGGUAUCAGUGAUGGUUAAUGACCCAGACUUCUUUCAAUGCAGAAAAAGGUAAAAGGACUGUAUGCUCCCAGUUGCUUUUUGCUGUGGAUUCAACAGGAUCUAGUGAUAAAAUCAUGAAGAUGUGAAUGAAGGAGUGAUUGUGAGGAAUUUAUCUUGAAUGACCCACUUUUUUGGAAUUUAUUAUUGCUUGAUAGCCUCUCCCCAAAAGUUGACAGAAUUGCUUGCUGUAGUCUAAUAUAACAGUCAUCAGUUCCUGUAGUAUGGUUAUGGUCAGCUGAUCAACUCAUACAUCAAUAUUAGCUCAAUAUUUCUAGAGGGCCUUUAUAAUCAUCAAGAAGUCUGUAACCUUCAUUAUUUUAAUAUGCACCUGACUGCAUAAAAACACCAACACGUGUGUGUGGUCCUUGUGCAGAGUUUGAAUUAAUGGAGCAUUACCUACAAAAAAAUAUCAUGGAUGAGAAACAUUUUUCUCUGUUGUACAAAAUGGUUACAGUAGCUUGCACAAGGAUUUUAGCUGGGAAACAGUAUAAUCAAGGAGCUGGUGCAUUGUCCUCUUCAAGCCUCCAUUUCUGUGAAGGGCAGUGCAAUGGAACCAUGACGUGUAGCAGAUGCUGCACACAUGUUUCCUCUUGAUGGUGUUUCCUGUGUUCUGGCCAGCACUUCAGAGCAUUUUUAGACAAACUGAGGUUUGAAGCCUUCAAACUAAACUAGGACUUGAAAAGAGUGAACAUUUCACGCAGACUUUUGUGCUGCAAUAUAGCAUGGUAUAAUAAAUAUAAAUUGCGAGCUCAAACAUCUGUAUUAAAAUUAAUAAACCUCAUUAUUAAUUACAAAUGCCAGUUACUAGUUAAGUAAAACCCUGUUAAAAGUUAUAGAAGGUAUGAUACAGUAGAGCAAGACUGGCAAGUUGUAUGAUGCUAGGCACCUAUCUACUACUUUAGCAGGAUCAGUAAGCAUAGAAAAUUUCACUGCUCAAAGGCAGGAGCAAUAUGAAGUCUUAACUGGUAGUUAGAUACAAUUAUUCAGGAGACAACCCCCUCACUAGAGCCAUCAGCCACAUCCUGUCUUGGGAAGGUUGGACAUAUUCUUGCCUUGAAGUCUGCAUGUUUGAGAUCAAGCUUUCUUGCAUACCUCACUAAACAGUCUUGAUGUAAAGGGGAGGAUCUGGUCCUAUAUAUUUAAAAAUAGUUUGAAAUAUUUUUCAUCUGGAAAAGACUUGCAAGAGCUCUAUAAUUUACAAUUUGUAUUAUUAUGGUAUUAACUAUAGCUGGGAAAUCAGAUUUUAUCUUAUAUAAAUAGACAUUUGUACAUAAGUGUAUCUAUAUAUACACUUAUAUAGAUAUUGUAUAUUAUAUAGAAACAUAUAUACAUACAUAUGUGUGUAUAUAAAGAUAGGAACAGUCUCAGCUUUUGCAUCCUGUUUACUGAUAUUUAUUUGCUCUUAUUUGCUUUAAUCAGUUCAUCUACUGUAAUUUUGUUAUGCCCUAAUUCUGAUUCUUCAUAUUUCCCAUAUUACAAGGCCUGAUCUGAUACUCCCAUUAAGUUGCUCUUACUGCAGUAACAUUUAUGCAACAGUUGCCCAUAAUGCUUCUAAAAAAUACUUUCCUUUUCUUUUUGAUGAGAAUGUAGUCAAAGCCAGACUCACAGUACAGACUCUUUCCUGUAAACCGUAUUUUUCCCUAAUGAAGACAUCUUUGUGGAACACUAAGAGGCAUAAAUUCUGGUAAGAAGAAAGUGAUUAUUCCAAUUUCUAAAAUGGGUGUAAUGGCAAACUAGGGAUCUGUGCCUCCAGUUUUCAUAUAUAUGUCAAAUGAGAGAGGAAUCUUCUGGAAAGAAACAGGAGAAUAAAAGAGAACUCAAAGUCAAAUUGAUUUCUCUUUAUGGGCCUAUAAUUAUCCUAAUUUUUUUUUCUUGUAGGACUGUGAGGUGACAAGAGCCAUUCUUGUCUUGUCCAUUCCAGUGAGCAAGGGGCUGCUUAGGUGUCUUAGGUUAUCACCACGAUGCAUUCUCUGUCUGCAUUUCCACUGUCAGGAGUGUUCAGGUUCUAGAACUGUCAGCUGUAUAAAUAAAAGCCUUGACAUCAUCCAUGGUUCCUUUCAUCAGCUGAUAAAUGCUCGUUCCUAUUUCUGAAACUUGUGGAACCACGCACAGUUUUUCUAUUCCACUUCUUUUAGCUAAUCAAGUAGGCAGUGAACUGAAGGGUUUUGUUUGCUGUUUUGUUUUGGGCUCAAAUGUCAUUGGUUAAAUUAUUGCAGUUUUCAGUAACCAGUAAUGCUGGCAAAAGGAAGCAAGGAUCAGUGUUUGGACUAUAUGCAAUAGAUAGGCAUAGGUCAUACAUUUCUUAGCUAAUACAUGCAAAUCCCAUAACCAUGCACCUCACACAAGAAUACCUCAGCUUUCUGCUUGAAGCCAGUCUUCCUUUUCCCUAGGUGUAACAUUUAUAAAGGAGAAAUUAUGUACAAAUCAGGCUGGAUUGUGUAAUAAUUGUCUGGAAUUAAAUUAAGAUUCUGUCAAAUGCCAAAACAUUUUAUCACUCAUUUUUCUGUGGUUUAAAUAAUCAGGCUUUUAAAUAUUAACAUUUGAGGGUUUGUUUGGUUUUGGUUUUUUAAGGAAAAAGACAUAGGAGUGUAUUGUUUUGAAAUCUGAUGUACUAAGUUGGCGAUUACUUGUUUGAACAUGUAGGCUCAUUUUACUUGCCAUUGUUAGUAACAAAUUCUCUCUUAACAGUCAUACACGUAAACCCAAAAGUCAGUGCACAUCGUUUGGGUAUUUUGUUUCUGUUUCUCCCCUACGUGAAGAGCAUGGAUCCUUGGGAAUUCAUGCGUUCUUGUGAAGGUGAAACUUUCAUUAAAAUCAGUAUAGGGUUUUGUUUUGUUGAAGUCUUUAUCCCUGCUUAGGGACUGAAGGAAUAAACUCUCUAUAGAUCAUAUUUGCAGUUGCUGUAUUUAAAAUUGGAAAAUGCUUAUUUUUAAUUACUAUUAUGACAUGACAUGCCUUUUGAGAUCUACUUUUCUGUAGGAAUUGCUGCAGAGCGCCAGCUUUGACCAAGAGUACAAAGUGUUUCCUUCUAAAAUAAUACCACAAGUGGGCUGCUCAUAUGAGGUCCUGAUGAUCCACAACUGUGUGGGAAUUCUGCUGUAAUUAAUUUGAGUUACAGAUGUUUGUUUACUUUUGACCUAACUUUAAUACAAAGAACCUAUAAUAACAGCUUGCUCCCAAAGAUAGAGUAUAAUUAGUUUGGUCUGUCUGGCUUCAAAUCCUUUUAAACCUGUAUCUGCUUCAUGGCAGGCAAGGUCAUAAAGGUUUGACACAAGGUGAGGUGGGAAUUUUUUGUUUCAUUUUCACAUCUUUUUCUUCUGACUGGACAUCUGGAUUGGUUGCUUAGCAGCCUUCUCUGCAUCUUUACUUUCCAAAAAGCAAAAUUUGAAAUUCUUCCUCAAACUUUCUUUCUAUAGAGUCAGCCCAGAGAUGAGGUGCAGUGCUUGUGUUAAUAGAUGCCAAUUUUCAAAUGCUUUCCUAUGAAUAUCCCAACUAGUAAAUUUAAGGAAAUCACCAGCAAUGCCUUCAGACUUUUUGACUGACUUUUUGAAGCUGCCAAACAAUGGCAGCUCAUCUAAAAUCUCUAGGCAAUACCACAAAGAGUGAAAUCUGUGUAUUAACUAAAACCACAAUGUUGUCACCCCUUAAGAAAUUAGGUACUCAGUAGCAAAAUCUGCAGCAUUAUUAUAUUAAGUGGAAAGUAGUUCCAAGAUUGAUUGUUACCACUGAGGAAGACAAAUGUUGAGUCCUUCAAAUUUUCUUGCUCAGUAAUUGCAGUUCCCUUCCUGUCCUUGGAAAUCUUCUAAGCCAUUCUUUUCCUUUUAAGUUUGCUCAGGCACCCAAGAACAUAAAGAGUUAAUGCCCUUGUAAUGGUCAUUUGUACAUAAAGUUGUAAUUAUUUAUUUUCUCAUUUGUACCAUAUCAAGGCUUUGUACAAUGUUUUAAGUUUUGUUUUCAAAUUAUUUUGUAUUUUAUUUUUAUAAACUGGUUCUAAAUAAAAUACUCAUUCAGCAUGCAAAACUUCAA